AACGCUCUAGAAGGAAGCUAAGCACACCGAGAUAAGAAGAACACCUCUCCAGGUAAAGAGAGUUUAACCUCACAACAGUCAAGAUGCAGAUGUCCGAGCCCCUCAGCCAGAAAAACGCGCUCUUUACCGCUAUGAACCGUUUCAUCGGCGCGGUCAACAACAUGGACGAGACGGUCAUGGUGCCCAGCUUACUGAGAGAUGUACCGCUGGACCAGGAGAUCGAGAUGCAGAAGUUAACCAACGAUCCUGCCAGCUAUCUGAGGGAUGUCGAGGCGGACAUGUACAGCUAUUACAGCCAGCUCAAGUCCAUCCGAAACAACAUCGAGUGGGGCGUCAUGCGCGCAGAGGAGCAAAGGCGCAAAGCAAAGGACACUCCUGCGCAGGAGCCCGAGCGCACCGAUCCGGAGAACAACAUGGACCUGGAGCAACUCCUGCAGUUCCACCUGAAAGGUUUGCAUGGGGUGCUGUCCAAACUUACAUGUCAAGCCAACAACCUGACCAACAGAUACAAGCAGGAGAUUGGCAUUGCUGGAUGGGGACAAUGAACUGCAUCGUGACUCAAACCAAUUAGGAUAUGAUGAACUAUUUUGACCUAAGAGGACCUGUAGCCUAUCACAUUCAGGGAAGAACCUGAAGCGACUGCCAAAACACUAAAGUUACACUGUCAGGCAAACCAUGAUAGGAAAGUGGUUUUGUUAUAGUAUUGUGUAUGGUGUUGAUCACUGAUGUGUUUUAAGGGCUGCUUCCUGUCUUAAUUUUAUUUGCACUGACAGUUUUAAAAUCUCCGUUCAAGUGGCUGGUUGCCACACCUUACCUUGGUAUUUAAACCUAUUUAUGUAUUAUGUAUAAUUAAAUGUUUUAUUUUCUUUAUUGCAUGAGAUGAAAGUGUUGUCUUACCGUAUGAUGUUCCUGUACAUUACAGAAUACACACAAAGUGUGUUUCUGCUGGUAACGUUAGGAGCUGAGCAUUUGAUCAUUUGUGUAUGUGAACGUUCUGUAGAUGAAGUUCUGUAGAUGAAGAACCCACGAGAACUUCACCUGUUACUGGACUUUGAACUAUCUGUCAAUCAUCUUCUGAAUCAAUGACGUGGACUGCUCUGAGAAUCACUGUGUGUGUAUCAUGAUGAGCUCCAUGAGGUUCUGUCAUACUGUGCUGUUAGGCAUGUAUGAUUGAUUGUUCAUAGGAUAUGUUUUAUUUUGAAUUGAAUUGUUUUUAUAACAAAAUAAACUUUUGUAUUUCA